CUUCUGCGUCUCUCUCCGCGCAUGUCCUUCAGCGGUGCGUUACAACGCUCUGAUCGGAUGUCCUGCGCAUGAAUCUGUCUGGAGUCUGAUCCGACUUCAAAAGAGCCGAGGCGGUACUGAGGGUUCGGUUCGUGUUCGGAUGCUGGGAGCUGGUUGCACGGUUUUGAACACUAGUCUUAGUAGUUUUUAUUUUUUUAUGUAGUAGAUCUCAGGUUCUCAAAGCGUCUUUUUGACUGCUGCCUCUACAUUGAGACAGUUGUAGUUUCAUCUAGUGCAAAAGUAGAAACUGUUCAACGGUAUUAGGGUGGUGAUUCGACCUUUCUGGACUGGGGAAAUCAAUUCAGGAUUGAUAUAUACUGUUUUUUAAACCUGAGAGCUGUCAGAAGUUUUUUUUUUUUUUUUUUUUAAACAUGUCUGUUGUUGCUGAUCUGUAUAGAAACAGCCCUAAUGCAGGGAUGGUGGAGUUUCAGGAGAAGCUGAAAUUGCAGCAUGAGAACUCCAUGCACACAGAGCUGGAGAAGCUGCUGACCACUGCCAAGCCAUCAGAGGCGGAGAUCUCCAGGAAGGACUUUGAGGGCUUCAAGAAGCUCUUUCACCGUUUCCUUCAGGAGAAGGGGCCGUCUAUUGACUGGGCCAAGAUCCAGAGACCACCCAAAGACUCGAUUCAGCCCUAUGAGAAGAUCAAGUUGAAGGGUCUUCCUGCCGAUGUGGCGUCCAGCCUUAAUAAACUGGCUGUGGUGAAGCUCAAUGGAGGUUUGGGGACCAGCAUGGGCUGCAAAGGACCCAAAAGUCUCAUCAGCGUCCGUAACGAAAACACUUUCCUGGACCUGACCGUACAGCAGAUCGAGCAUUUGAAUAAGUCGUAUAAUGCAGACGUGCCACUGGUGCUGAUGAAUUCCUUCAACACAGAUGAAGACACCAAGAAGAUCCUGCAGAAGUACACACAUCACCACGUCAAGAUACACACCUUCAACCAGAGCAGGUAUCCCAGGAUCAAUAAGGAGUCUUUGUUACCCGUGGCCACUAACAUGGGCCUGACCGGUGAGAAUGAAGAGGCCUGGUACCCGCCUGGCCAUGGAGACAUCUACACCAGCUUCUUCAACUCCGGCCUGCUGGACAAGCUCAUCGCAGAAGGGAAAGAGUACAUCUUCGUGUCCAACAUUGACAACCUGGGCGCCACGGUGGACCUGCACAUCUUGAACCACCUGAUGAACCAGCCCAGUGACAAACGCUGCGAAUUUGUCAUGGAGGUCACGGAUAAGACACGAGCUGACGUGAAGGGUGGCACGCUGACACAGUACGACGGUAAACUCAGGCUGCUGGAGAUCGCACAGGUGCCCAAAGCUCACGUCGACGAGUUUAAAUCAGUCACCAAGUUCAAGAUCUUCAACACCAACAACUUGUGGAUCAGCCUGCCGGCCAUUAAAAGGCUUCACGUGAAGAACGCCAUGGACAUGGAGAUCAUUGUUAACCCAAAGACUCUCGAAGGCGGUCUGAAUGUCAUCCAGCUGGAGACGGCUGUGGGUGCUGCCAUGAAGAGCUUCGACAACGUGCUUGGCAUCAACGUGCCCCGCAGCCGCUUCCUGCCCGUCAAAACCACCUCGGACCUCCUGCUGGUCAUGUCCAACCUGUACAGCAUGAACGCGGGCUCUCUGACCAUGAGCCCCAAGAGAGAGUUUCCCACAACACCUCACGUCAAACUGGGCAGCUCCUUCACUAAAGUUCGAGACUUCCUGAAAAGGUUUGAGAGCAUCCCAGACAUGCUGGAACUGGAUCACCUGACUGUUUCAGGAGACGUUACCUUCGGAAAACAAGUCACACUCAAGGGAACGGUUAUCAUUAUUGCUAAUCAUGGAGACAGAAUCGACAUCCCGGCCGGAGCGAUACUAGAGAACAAGAUCGUUUCAGGAAACCUGCGCAUCCUGGACCACUGAGGCCUUUACAACCGAACCACAACCGUGUGUGUGUGGAAACGUGUGUCCAUCUGAUGAUUAGCAUUAAAUGCCUGUAUGAAAACAUCAGAAUUUACUGUAAAUGCUUUUGACAGUGAAUUUUACAAAGGGCUGUAUAAUGGGUUUUUAACAGACUGGUUUUGCUGCUAUGUAGCUCACUCAAUAAAACACUGAAGACAAGUGUAAGAAAUGGCA